AUGUCGUCCUUCAGCUCCAUCCUCCAGUCCCUCGGUGGCCAGCAACAACAGGGAGCACAGCAGGGUCCUGCCAAGCAGCCAGCAUCUUCAGCCUCUAGACUGCAGAUCAACGGACAACGAGCCCAGUCAUCCAGCAAUGUUGCGAACGGGGCCAAGCUUACACCAAACAACGCGGCGGCAGGAGUGAAGCGGAAGUCAGCAGAACCGGAGAUUGCUGCAUCUGCGAAGACUGCGAGAACCACUCCUGCAGGCAGUGCUUCCUCUCGAUUCCAGCUCGCGCCAAAAGCUGUCUCACAACAGCGACCAGCAACCACAGCGGCAACCUCUAGCCCAGGGCCACGACAACCGACAUCGUCGUCUCAACGUCCGUCCUCGGCAACACCCACAUCAUCCGCCACAACGAACGCCGCCCCUGCACCAAAACGAGGUUACCUAGCCGCCCUCGAACGCGGCAAAGCAGCCCACCAAGCGACCGCCAAGACCGCCUCAACACCCACCUACAAGAACGAGCCCACAAAACGCAUCCCCACAAAACGCGAACGGGAAAGAAUGAAAGCCGAAGCAAAAGCACAGCAGCGAGCAGGAGGCAAGAGCCUUGUGGACCGGAGCAGAUCCAACACGCCUCUAACAGGCCGAGCAGGCGCCGCCGCCGCUGCAGCGCCGCUACCAAAGAAAGUCCCGAAACCGGAGCUGAGCUACAAAGGCACGAUGAAAUCCGCCUCAGCUCCCGCGGAACCCGCUCGCCCAUCCACACAAUCAAAAGCCAAACCCGCGUCUUCCCGCUCCCGAAUUAACGAGUACGCCGACUGGGACGAGCUCGAUGAAGUCGAUGACUACGGGGAGGAGGACGAAGACGAAGGAGGCUACGUUUCAGACGCGUCUUCAGAUAUGGAAGGCGGGUUUGACGAUGUGCAGAAGGAGGAGAUGAUGUCGCGCAAGCUGGCGCAGAAGGAGGAUGAAGAGGCGUUGGCGGAGGAGGAGCGGCUCAAGCGGGAGAAGGAGGCGAGGAGGCGGAGAUUGGCGCAGAUGAAUUCUGCUGCUGCUGCGGGGAGGAAGAGGUACUGA